UCUUAACUUCGUUUUCUUGUUUCACUUGUACAAGUUUUUAGCAAGAAACCCUAAAAACCUUAGACUUGGGGUUUUUAUCAUUCUCGUGUGAAUUGGGGGUUUUUGACGUUAAUUAUUUUCAAUUAGGGUUAAAGGGUUUUUACUCCAAUUGGGAAUUUUCGGGUCUCUGGUAUUUGAGGUUUAUAGGGGUUUUCACUCUCUUUAUUUCCAGAUGUACAGUAUUUUAGGGUUUUAGGGUUAGGGUUUCUAUCAUUCUUACUACAAUUAGUUUUUUUUUUUUUUUUUUUUUGCACAAAUUAAUGUAAUUCGUAUUCUGCUGCAAUUGGGAAUUUUUAUUUUAUCUUAUUUGGUUUCGGUAGCUAGGGUUUUAGCGGAGCAUGGAAUCUGAUCAAGGCAAGCUCUUUGUGGGAGGGAUAUCUCGGGAGACAAGUGAACUUAUUCUUAACGAUCAUUUCAGUAAAUACGGCACCGUAUUCAGCUCAGUUAUAGCUAGAGACAGGAACACUAAAAUUCCUCGUGGUUUUGGCUUUGUUUUGUUCUCUGAACCUUCUUCAGCUGAUAAAGCUCUUCAAGACACCCACGUUAUUCUUGGGAGAACGGUAGAAGUGAAAAAAGCAAUACCCCGAAGCGAACAACCCCAAAACCAACAGCAACGGCAGCAACUACACCACAAUCCAAAUCAACAAUGGAAUAGUGGGUACAGUAGGAAUGGUAGUGAUGCUGCUGACAGCAAUAAUCACUUUAGGACGACUAAAAAAAUUUUUGUAGGGGGUUUAUCUGCUAGUCUAACCGAGGAAGAGUUUAAGAAUUACUUUCAAAGAUUUGGUAGAAUAACAGAUGUUGUUGUGAUGCACGAUAGCUCUACUAACCGGCCUAGGGGAUUUGGUUUUGUUACUUUUGACUCAGAGGAGUCUGUGGAGAAUGUUAUGCAGAAGAGUUUUCAUGAGUUGGAUAAUAGGCUUGUGGAGGUCAAGCGUGCAGUGCCAAAAGAGGAAAAUAAUGGUGGUUACAGUAAUCAUAACAUGAAGGCGGGGGUUGUAAGGGGAUCUCUUUAUAAUGGUUUUCAGGCUGUUGAGUACUCUUCGAAUAGUCCUGGAUAUGGAAUAUUUCCUGGUUAUGCUUCUCUUCCUGGGUAUACUACGUUUGGGGGUUAUUUAUAUGGAACAGGUGUGUAUGGCAGUGGGUACCCCAUGGUAGGCCAUAGGAUUUGUUAUGGUGUCACUCCUUUUACUCCUAGGGGCCCUUUAUACACCCCUGUAAUGCUUGGAGCAAGGGUUUACCAGCUGCCUUAUGGCAGUGCAUCCAUUUAUCCCGCUUAUAUGAACAGUGAGGUUGGUCUGAUGGGUACUGUGGCUGAUGGGAUCAAUGGAAUUAUUGGGGCUGGAGUUGAUGGGAAAUGAAAUCAGGUUCUCGGUGGCUUUGGAUAUCUGCCAGCAAAUGCCAUGCAACCCCAGAUUGAGAGGGUAAACUUAGGUAGUGAUUGUUCGGUUUAAAAGAGUGUAGUGGUGGUGCUUCUAGUGAACAGGAUCAGAAAAGUCUUGAUGGACAACUAAGUCUUUACCUGUAAAUGCUUCUAGAUGACUCUUAGUAAAUUCUUUAACUGAUUCAUCGUCUUAGGGCUGUUUAACCAUCAAUGUUCAGUGUCCUUUUUAGAUGUAAUCUGUGUCAUAAACAUGCUGCAUAUUCUUCUUUAGUGUUAUGAAUUGUCAGUACAGAAUUUAGCAUUCUGUAAUAUAACUGCAUUUGGAUUCAACUUCUCUUGUGUAUUUCAUCACUCUGUCAGGUAAUGUUAAUAAUGAAGCAAUACAGAAGCAUAUUGGGAUCCAAACAAUUGCUUUCUUGGUCCUUCUUGGGCAUUGAUGUUAUUAUCCCAUUGGUAUUACCUGUUUUUCUCUCCAAUAUCCCCCCCCCCCCAACUCAACCUUAACAUAUUUAUUACACGCAGACCCAUUUGUAAAAAAAAAUAUAUAGCCAAAGUCAAUAGCUUUUAGAUUGUUUUGGAUUUCUAUUCUUUAGAGCCUUUAUGAUAGGAUAUACCUUUCUUUUUUAAAUUUAACCACGAAUUGCCAUGCUUAAGAAGAUUAUUAGAUUGAUCAUGAACUGAUCUAUACUUUUGUCAAGCUGUGAGAUGAAAUUGCAUUUCACUAUCA